AUGCGCGUUCCUGCGACCGUAGUAUUAUUACUGACCCGAGCAAUAUGUAAACUGCGCAGGGGGGUGGCCUGUCAAGAAACAUUGGACUGCAAGCCCGUGGGUGGGUUAACAGAGAGAUGCAUGACGGUGCAAAUAAAGAGGGGUCUAAUCUGACUGACAUUACAUGCUCUGCCUUAAAGCUUCACUCGGCUUUCUUCUGAUCGCUGUUAAAGCGCGGCAGCGGCGGCUGGCCAGCGGUGCUGGAUGAUAACGUUACCGGCCGGUGCGUUGACUUCUGCAGAGACUGUCGCGUUUUACGUCACUUUUCAAUGAAUUGUAGUUAUAUAAGUGGCUUUACAGGACUGACUUGCUUGUCCGACUGAUAAAACUAAAAAUGUGCGCUGCGGUAUAUGUUUUAUCCACGGUUACCGGAUAUGUGCUCACCUCGGCGUUACUGCUCAAGUGUCCGUCUCUGCUGCAUCGGCGAAAGAAAGAAACCUUCCGGAGCAGACACAUCUCACACCGCGGCGGAGCUGGUGAGAACUUGGAGAACACAAUGGCAGCCUUCAAGCACGCUGUUCAACUGGGCACUGACAUGUUGGAGCUGGACUGCCAUUUGACCAAGGAUGAGCAGGUGGUGGUGUUGCACGAUUCCAACCUGAAGCGGUCGACUGGAAUUAAUGCAUACAUUUCAGAUGUGGCUUAUGCUGAUCUUCCUCCUUACCUGUGUAAGCUUGGGGUGUCUUUCAAACGAGAGUGCUACUGUGAAGGAGGAGAUGACAAGCGCAUCCCUCUGCUGAGAGAUGUUUUUGAAACUUUCCCAAGCACCCCUGUAAACAUCGACAUCAAGGUCAACAAUGACACUCUCAUCAAGAAGGUGUCCGAGCUGGUUGUCCGAUACAACAGGGAGCAUCUGACCGUCUGGGGAAACUCCAGCAACAAAAUCGUUAAGAAAUGUUACGAAGAGAACCCACAAAUCCCAAUCUUGUUCAGUUUGCACAGAGUGCUGCUGUUACUCGGUUUUUUCUACACAGGCCUCUUACCCUUCGUCCCGCUUAAGGAACAAUUCCUGGAGAUUCCCAUGCCUUCAAUCAUUUCCAAACUCAAAGAUCCUGAGCGUCAGACAUGGAGUCAGCGUUUCAUAACAUGGCUGGCAGACACGCUCCUCAUGAGAAAAGCAUUAUUCGAUCAUCUGACGAGCAGAGGAAUACAGGUGUAUGUCUGGGUGCUGAACGACGAGGAGGACUUUAAACGUGCCUUUGACCUUGGGGCUACAGGGAUUAUGACAGACUAUCCCACCAAGCUAAAGGAGUUCAUAGAGAAAAACAACUACACUACCACUCUUAAAUAAGACUUGUCAGCCAAAGUAAACAAUCAGUAUGCUUUUCCACUGAUCUUUGGCCUCUAAAUGGGCCUUUUAAUUACCCGACAUUCAUUGAUGUUUAUGUUUAUGAGUGUAGAAGUGGCAGCUAUCAGUUCUGCAUUCAUCUGCAAUCAGAGCCAUUUUAAACCAAACAGGUUAUCAUGAAAUCCUUCUGUUGCUUUAAGUUAAUAGCAAUACACGUUACCCAUAAAAAGCAGGAGGAUUCAUAAGAGGCUGAGGUUAUGAUGAAUUAUCAAUCAUGUUGGGAUGGUGACUUAAUUUCUGUGAAGUUUUCUCUACAGACACUUUCAAUGUGAGGUACUUGCCCUGCAUCAGUUUCUGCAAUAACACUGAACUCACUAAAGAGUUAAUUGUCUAAAUGACAAGACCGAAGCUACUGAAGUAUUUCCAGGGCACUAAAAAUAAAUACUAGUUUCAGGGGUGUACUAGGAUUGUUGAGAGACCAAUAAACAGAAGGCAUUAGAUAUUUUCAUGCUUACUCUGUGUUUGACUUGUAUGUUUUGUUUUUGUGAAUUUGUUUCUUUUGACAAUAAGAGAUUGUCAAUUUUGAGAUAAGUUGUGGCUGAAAAGAUGCCUCACUAUUUCUUGAAAUGUAAAGUGUAGUUUAAUAUAUGACCAGUCAGAAGCUUUGACACACCAACUCAGUCUUCAUUGUUUCUAUGUCAACAUUGCAAUGUUAUAAUAUUAAAGAAAGUAUGGUAAUUAUGUACCAUUAAAAACAUUUUAUACAAGAGAAAACUCAUAUUUGAGCUGCUUCAAAACUUAUUUCUGCUUUCAUUUAAUAUCUACUCCAACUCAUAAUAAUAAUACAAUAAAUAAUAGGUCAAAUUAGUGCAUAGGGAAAAUUAAUUUUGUCUUUAAAAGCAUUUUCAUGUAUUCAAGCAAUAGCCUUCAAAGGUCAAAAGGUUUUGUGAUCAUGAAAAACAAUGUCAGUCAAGUGUGUCCAAGCUUUUGACUGGUUGUGUAUACACUGAUGAAAGAAGUUGUGUUGGAGUGUAACAAGGAUCACAAACAAGUGUAGUGUAUAGUGUUCAUGUGACAUUUGAAUGUACUUUUUCUAGGACAGGUAAAGGGUAUAUCUUUAAAAUGCUGGUGGUUUUGCUGUAUUGAAAGGGAAUGGUAAACAGAAACAUUUUCUCACUCUUUUAAGGAAAAACAGAAUCCAUUAAAAACUGACACGACAGUAACUCACUUCUGAACAGAAUGAAUCUUAAGACUUUAAAAUAAUCAAGUAUUUGUGGAGUUCAAAUGUUUGUGAAGUGUACAGAUACAGUAACUCUUAGCUUUGUGCUGUGUUUAAUUUUCUGGUUCAUAUUUUCUCCUAGCCACUUUCAUUGGUUGUGUAUGAAUUUAGUGCACUGUUUUAAUUGUAAAUGAUAGAACUGUAAUUCAAAGAUUAGUUAUUAUAGAGAAUAUUUGGUAUCAGAAGCACAGUUCUGUUUGGAUUUGUGAAUAUACUGCCAUUAAAUAUAUUUUAUAAAUGAAUUUAAACAGACUAUGUU